CCCGCAGCCCCCGCCUCGCUGGUCCCAAGGAAGGAAGCGCGGCGCAGAUGGGAAGCGGAGAACGCAGGAGGAGCCCGAUGCACCCGCGCCCCAUGAAAACAAGCACCAUGAAAACAAGCACAGGCCUCCUGACAGCAGGCUGCACAGUUUUACAACACCAGAAGGCCCUGGAUCCCUUUCCCGGUGUUCAGAUUGGGGAACUGCAGUGGAAGAAGAUGAAAUGAGGACCAGUGUUAACAAAGAAAUUGCAAGAUACAGAAGAAAACUCCUGAUAAAUGAAUUUUCAAGAGAAAGGAAGUCUUCCUCUGGAAGUUCUGAUUCAAAGGAGUCCACUGUGACUGUAGAACUUGAGACGGAUGAAGUGGUUUUGAUGAGAAGACAAAAACAGAUAAACUAUGGAAAAAACACAAUUGCAUAUGAUAGAUACAUUAAAGAAGUUCCUAGAUGCCAUCGUGUACCAGGAGUUCAUCCCAGAACUCCCAAUAAAUUUAAGAAGUACAGCCGUAGGUCAUGGGACCAGCAAAUUAAACUAUGGAAAGUUGCAUUGCAUUCCUGGGAUCCACCUACUGAAGAAGGAUGUGAUCUGCAGGAAAUUAGUCCUGUUGACCUUGGUGAGAUGGAGACAGAAUCUGUUGGAAGCAAUUCUACUGAAUCUCAGACAAGCUGUCAAGAUAAUGAUGAUACCUGUUCUGGCACUCCCACCAAAGUCAGACAUGUUGACUAUCAAGCAGAAGGUGAAUUCGACUUGGAAGUGUGUUUGAGUGAACCACUUAAAGAUUUUGAUACUGUGAGUUAAAUAGUCUCGUGCAAACUGUUUUAGAGGAACUUUCUUUUAAAUUUGAGA